GCAAACGCAGGAGAGCGGCUGCAAGUCACUCUCUCACCCCUCUAUUUCAUCACGCCCCCCACCCGGCUUCUCACCUUUUCUUUCUCUUCUUUGAUACCCACUUUUUACCGUCCGGCAGCAAGUACUGCCAGCCAGUUUUCCGCGCCUUUGCUCUCUUGUUCCUCCCCCGCCAAAUUUUUCAUCACCUUCACAACUGCCCGCUCCUACGCUUCGGCGCCCAAGAAGAAAAAAAUGCCUCCCAAGAAGCAAGUUGAAGAGAAGAAGAUUCCGCUCGGCAGGCCAGGCAACAACUUGAAGACGGGUAUCGUCGGCCUAGCAAACGUCGGCAAGUCGACUCUCUUCCAAGCUAUCACCAAAUGCUCGCUUGGUAACCCUGCCAACUUUCCAUAUGCCACCAUUGACCCAGAGGAGUCUCGCGUCCUCGUUCCCGACGAGCGCUUCGACUGGUUGGUAGAGCACUACAAGCCCAAGUCGGUCGUGCCCGCCCAUUUGACCAUCUACGACAUUGCUGGUCUGACGCGCGGUGCUUCCACUGGUGCCGGUCUCGGUAACGCCUUCUUGUCGCACAUCCGUGCCGUCGAUGCCAUCUUCCAGGUUGUCCGAUGCUUCGAUGAUGCCGAGAUCAUCCACGUCGAGGGUGACGUAGACCCAAUUCGUGACUUGGACAUUAUUGCCGAGGAGCUGCGAUUGAAGGACAUUGAGUUUGUCGAGAAGGCGCACGCCAACCUUGUCAAGGAAACUCGCCGAGGUGGUCAGAGUUUGGAGAUGAAGAAGCUCAAGGAAGAGCAGGCUACAGUUGAGAAGGUCCUUGACAUGCUCAAGAAUGGCAAGGAUGUCCGAAAGGGCAACUGGUCACCUAAGGAGGUCGAGCACAUCAACCCUCUCUUCCUUCUCUCAGCUAAGCCUGUUGUAUACCUUGUCAACUUGAGCGAGAAGGACUACAUCCGCCAGAAGAACAAGCAUCUUCCCAAGAUUGCUGAAUGGGUCAAGACCAACGCCCCUGGCGACCCAAUCAUUCCUAUCUCCGUGCAGCUUGAGGAGCGCAUUGCUGUCAUGUCCGAUGCAGAGGCCGCCGAGGAACUCAAGAACCUCAACACCAAGUCGGCUCUUCCCAAGGCCAUCCAGACGAUGCGCAAGGCUCUCCAGCUCGGUAGCUUCUUCACAACUGGUACCGACGAAGUCCGACAAUGGACAAUAAGAACAGGCACCAAGGCGCCACAAGCUGCUGGUGUCAUUCACGGAGACUUUGAAAAGACAUUUAUUCAGGCAAUUGUGUACAACUACCAGACUCUGAGGGAAGAGGGCGACGAAGCCACUGUCAAGGCAAAGGGCAAGAUCAUGACCAAGGGCAAGGAUUAUGUUGUUGAAGAUGGUGAUAUCAUGUUGAUCAAGGCGGGUGCUGCCAAGGCAUAGAUUGCUUUAUACUUGUAUGCUUGAGAGAGGCUGUGUCGAGCCAAGAGUGGUUCCCAGCCAUGUGUGUGUAUGUGUCUAUGAUUUACAUAUGCGUCUCGCGACGAGGAUGAUGAUGAUGAUGAUGAAAAGCAGCUAGUCUGUCUAUGAAGGAAUGAGAAGAAAUGUUCAGU